AUGUCAACUCCAGCUAGAAGACGCCUAAUGAGGGAUUUCAAACGCUUGCAAGAGGACCCACCCACUGGAGUUUCCGGUGCUCCUACCGAUAAUAAUAUCAUGAUCUGGAAUGCUGUGAUAUUUGGACCCCAUGACACUCCAUUUGAAGAUGGCACAUUCAAGCUUACAAUAGAAUUCACAGAGGAAUACCCUAAUAAACCUCCAACAGUUCGAUUUGUGUCUAAAAUGUUCCACCCCAAUGUAUAUGCUGAUGGAGGCAUUUGCUUAGACAUCCUGCAAAACCGGUGGAGCCCGACAUAUGAUGUGUCAGCUAUAUUAACUUCUAUACAGUCAUUACUAAGUGACCCUAACCCCAAUUCACCUGCAAACUCCAUGGCAGCACAGCUUUAUAAGGAGAACCGACGGGAAUAUGAAAAACGGGUGAAAGCAUGUGUAGAACAAUCAUUCAUUGACUAG